AACAAUGCCCACUAACAAAAAUUUGUCAACAUUAGAUACUUUCUUUUUAGAGACGCGCAGAGUUAGUAAUUAAUUGGAUUUUAAUUGAAUUGCAUGCAAAUGUAAAAUAAUGGUGUAAAUAGAUAUAAAAGCAAAAAUGUUUUUAAUCGACGAGGAUGGGAUUCGAACCCACGCGUGCAGAGCACAUUGGAUUAGCAGUCCAACGCCUUAACCUCUCGGCCACCUCGUCGCUGUGAAUAUCUUGAAAAAAUGUCAUUCGAACAGGGGUGACUACCCCUCGUGCAAAAUAGAAGAAUUUAUUUUAAUAAUUCAAAAUAGCUGUAACAUUUUUGAAUGAAUAUUCUACUAAACGAAGGGCGCUAUUUUAUAACACCCAUAAAAAUUUCAUUUCAUGGUUUUCAAUUAUACCACCGAAUAGAUGAAACUGUCUCCCAGCAACGAAAACAAAAUUCCUUAACAGAAUGUGUCAUUUAUUCAGUUGAAUUUGGAUGAUCGUCCUGUAAACAUCCUUCACCCGACCCUCUUCGUUAACAUCCUAAUAAAUCGGCAAAAUGGUAACUACCCUUUACCAAUUAUUAAUAAAUAAUCGAGCUCGCUUAAAAAUAUUCUCGAUAUCAUUAGCGCGAGGUACUGUCGGUUCACAUCGGACAAGGCGGUGUUCAAAUGGGCAACGCUUGCUGGGAAUUAUAUUGCCUGGAACAUGGCAUACAACCGGAUGGAAUGUUACCACCACAGAGUUGCUCCAGCGACGACGGUUUUCAGACAUUCUUUAGUGAAACAGGUGGUGGAAAAUACGUGCCACGAGCUGUGUUCCUCGAUCUCGAACCCACGGUCAUAGACGAAGUCCGAACCGGAACUUACCAUCAGUUAUUCCACCCUGAACAAUUAAUCUCCGGCAAGGAGGACGCAGCCAACAAUUACGCUCGAGGUCAUUACACCCUAGGAAAAGAGAUCAUAGAACUAGUCCUAGACAGAAUACGCAAGAUAGCAGAUAUGUGCAGCGGUCUGCAAGGUUUCCUCAUCUUCCAUGCGUUCGGAGGCGGUACCGGUUCAGGAUUCACCAGUUUGCUGAUGGAAAGGCUCUCCAUGGACUAUGGAAAGAAAGCUAAGCUGGAGUUUGCUAUUUAUCCAUCGCCUCAGAUCUCCACAGCGGUGGUGGAACCUUACAAUGCCAUCCUAACCACCCACACCACCUUGGAACACUCAGACUGUGCAUUUCUCGUGGACAACGAAGCUAUCUACGACAUCUGCCGAAGAAAUCUCGACAUCGAACGACCCACGUACACUAAUUUGAACAGAUUGAUAGGACAAAUAGUGUCUUCGAUCACUGCCUCGUUGAGGUUCGACGGAGCUUUGAACGUGGACCUGACAGAGUUCCAAACGAAUUUGGUACCCUAUCCGAGGAUACAUUUCCCUCUGGCUACUUACGCCCCCAUCGUCUCCAUCGAGAAGGCUUAUCACGAACAGCUGACAGUGAUGGAACUCACCUCUUCGUGUUUCGAACCUGCUAUGCAAAUGGUGAAGUGCAAUCCGCAAAGAGGGAAGUAUAUGGCUUGUUGUUUGCUGUACAGGGGUGAUGUGGUGCCUAAGGAUGUGAACGCUUCCAUUGCGGCUAUCAAGACGAAGAGGGCGAUACAGUUCGUCGAUUGGUGUCCUACUGGCUUCAAGGUGGGCAUUAAUUAUCAACCCCCAACCGUGGUACCUGGCGGUGAUUUGGCCAAAGUUCAGAGAGCCAUGGCGAUGCUUGCUAACACAACUGCGAUCGCCGAGGCAUGGACGAGAUUGAAUAGGAAAUUUGAUUUAAUGUUUGGGAAACGCGCAUUUGUUCAUUGGUACGUUGGCGAGAGUAUGGACGAGAGUGAAUUCAACGAAGCCAGAGAGGAUUUGGCCGCGUUGGAGAAAGAUUACGAAGAAGUCGGUAUGGACUCGACAGACGCUGGCGAGGGUGAAGAGGAAAAUUAAUUAUCUACUUCAUUUUAGAAGUAAUGAAGAACGGACGAAUCAUCAUUUUUCUAUUAAUUAUACAUUGUUUUUGUCGAUUUUGUUCAUACUCGUCCUUUGUACCAUUUUGCU